UUGAGUUAAGCACUUCAGUUGGCCCUACCCGGAGGCUCAAAGCCCCUUCGUCAAGCACUCAGUCCAUGACGCUAUGGACCAGCGUUUGGCCGAUGCGCUUCAAGGGCUGCACGCAGCAGAAAGCCGACUCACCACGGUCCUUGCGCAGAGCGAUGCAAGGUUGCGGCAGAGAUCGGUACCAUCCAGGGCUGCGCGAGAAAAUGCAAAGCUUGCACGUUUGCGAUUUUUGGGGCAGACCCUGGAGGGCAGCAACCAGCUCCGCCAGCUGCUCCUGCGUGUGGUGUUCAAGGCCUGGGAAGGAAGGCCUGCGAGGAGAUUGCCCACAGUGCUCCUAUCCCGAAAGGAAGCACAACAAAACCUGCUUUUCCUUGAGCAGUUUUUCCAUCGCUGGUACUUCCAGUUGCGCCGGCAGCAGGCUCUUGAGCGCUUGGAGGCCGCAGCCAGGAAGAGGGCGACCACACUUGAGAGGCUCCGAGAACGGGAGGGGGUGGUGUCAUAUCGACUGGCCGCAGCCAUGUGCCGGGUGGAACUGCUGCACAGCCAAAGGUCGGCUGAGGCUCUCCUGCGGCAGAUUGUAUCUGCUUGGUCACGACUGAUCGUGUCGCAACAUGCUUCAUACCUGGAGGCCAUGGCUGUGUGGGAGGUGAGAGAGGAACCACGCGGAUCGUUUUCGGACCUGCGACGGAAGGAGUCGGAGCUACGUGGUUGGGCGGAGCUGCUGGGGUCCAGAAGUCAAGCAUUGCAACGUGACUACGACACCGUGCUGGACUCGCUGGCACCACACCGUGUGCUGGGCCGAAAUCAUGCAGUGCUUCAUUUGUGCUGGCAGCAGUGGCAGGUGUGGCGACAAGCACAUUGGGCAGGUGUCACGCAGCGGAGAGAAGAAUCCAUACUGGGUGGGCUGCACCUACCCAAGGUCAAACGUGGUCAGCAGCUUCGGGAAGCGUGGCGUGCCUGGCAGCGGCUUUGCACUGGGGAGGAGAGACCAAGGCCCAUGUGGAUACAGCAGGAAGCCGACGCGCUGAAGAACCAGUUUCAGAUCUUCUCGGAGAUGCUGCUCAUAAGGUCCAAUGCUUGGCUGUUGCGGGACCUCAUGGGCGUUUGGUUUGACCUAGGCUGCCUUCAACCAAGGCGGGAGCGCAUGCAUGCACGUGCCUCGCAGGCCAUGGAGGCAGAUGCCCAGACAUUGACUUCCGCUGCAGACGCCUUCGCAGAGGGCGCCACGAGUCCGGGCUCGAGGAUCGCUUUGGGCGAGGCCACAACGGUCAGUUUCGUGGCGACCGAGCUGAGUUGGACUCCUUUGCGUCGUCCUAGGCGCACCAGGCGCUCCGCCUCCCUGAUUUUCAGCUUGUUGGCCUCGAAAAACCUUUGGGCUGGAAAAGCCAUGCUGCGUGCCUGGCGGCUGCGUGUAGCCACCGAGCGUGCGGUGAACGCCAUGCUGGAGUUGACCUUGGAGGAGGGAGAGACCUUCUUGGCUUCACCUGCCAAAAGCCCCUCUCGGAGAGGCCGCAGAGAUCAGGAAAAGCGCACAGUGCGGGAG